AUGUUCCACAAGCCAGAAGCUUGGACGCCAACAAUUCACAACUCCCGCUCUCGGCUGAACACCCUUAUACUCAGCCUACCGCUGGUCCAAAUCUUUACAUCGCGACUAGCUGACAUCCUUACUAUGGGUUUUGUAUGGUCCCCUCAAGUCGUGCCUUACGUUCCUUGCAACAAGCCGCCUCCAACCAUUUUCGAUAUUCAAUGCCACCCUCGAGCGGACGCAGUUUGUGCCGAGCUUGAUAGCUUCUUCAUGAAACAUUGGCCGUUCAAGUACCAGAAGGAUAGGAACAGGUUCUUCACCUCCCAAACCAACCGUUGGGGAUGUUUGGCAUUUCCCAUGGCUGAUGAUGACCGUCUCCUGGAUACCGUCAAGGUGAACACAUUGCUGUUCCUCCUUGAUGACGUGGCAGAGGACAUGAGUCUCGAAGAAGGCAAGAGGCUCUACAAGAGGCUGAUACCGAUCGCCAUGGGCAAAAGGCUCCCGAACCGCAGUGACCCUUACGAACGGAUUACCUAUGACGUUUGGACGAGUAUGCGUGCUUGUGACAAAUAG